AUGGCGUUCGACGAUCUCCACUCAGACUCGUCCUACGAGGAUGGUGGGCCACCACUUCAACCCAACACCACCUCAAGAGACGCGAUGAAGCUCCGUGACGCCUCGCGCCUCAAGCGCCCCGUACGUUACGUUCAGGACAACGAGCCCAUCGACCCCGGCCGCCCAAUCUUCGUCCACGACGACCCCGUCUUCAACAAGGACCGCGCACACUUUGUGCAAUGGCCCACGCUCGAGCUUAACGAGCCCUCGCCAGGCGAGGCGCGAUACAAGCUGUGGCAGGAGCAAGGUGAGCCAAGAGACGAGUUUGGAAAGCCCGUCGUGCCGUCAUCGCCAUCGCGUGGGGACGUCGAUGUCGCCAGUCCGCCUGGCCCCACCGUCGCUCACCUGAAAUGCCGCCAACUGCCCUCUGCCCGCCCCGAUCUGUCGCGGUCCCUUCUCAAUACAGUCGAGCAGAAAGACGCGUUUGACGAGGCAUUUGACCGCAAUCUGGCCGAAUUUGAAGACGAUGAGUCCCAUUCAGGCGGCGACGGUGUGUCUCGCGUGGUUCGUCACAAAUUCAGCCCCCAAAUCAAGGACUGGUCCGCUCUCAGUGAAAAUGUCCAGUGGGCCAUCAUCUGUGACCUGGCCCACGACCACCGAGGUGGUAUCACCGAUGCUGCAAACCUGCUGAGCCUCAACAUGACCGAGGUGAUCAACUUCGUCAACCUGUACCUGCGUGAGAAGGCGCUAUGGGAGAACGGUGCACCCCAGGAUGACAGCGGCCACUCCGCUCGUGCGCUUGCCCAGCGUGACGGUGCGCAAGACGAGGACGUCCAGCCAGUACUAGAGGCUGAGGUGGACUAUCCCUGGCAAGAUUUGGAGGAACCCGAUCCGGCUGGUUUUUUUCAAACGGUCAACGACACUGAAGUCAGCUCACAAGGUCACGGACGAGUUGCUGACAUUUGGCAAGAGCCUGAGGAGGAGCUUUUUCUUGGAGCAGACAACGUCGCAGCUGAGGAACCAGUCAAGCAACCAGACACUGUUAACCAGCCCGGCCGCCAGGCAGACGAAGUACAAGCUUCAUUCGAAGGUACGCCACCUCCGGUAGACCUCGUCACUGACAGGUUCUCGAGGGAAGACAUCGCAAGUGGACGUAGCUACUUGAACUUCGUCGGCCUCCCAGAGUACGCCGAUCGCUUCGGUGAAUGGUUUGGUACGGGAACCUGGUUUCGCGAGAUCCCUGGCAUCUUCGACGAAAACAACGAGCUUAUUUUCCCAACCGAGGAUACCAACGAGGCACUGUACAACGGCAACGAACUGGAUUGGCAAGGACCAGCUCCGCACCCCUUGGAAGGUCUUCCACAGCGUGAAUGGCUCACAGAAGCUCUUCCUCAGGGUGGACUUCGACCCGAAAGACCGGAAGAUUUGGAACUGCAGCAAUUCCAGGCCGUAGCUGAGCGCAUCAGCGGCCACCCCAUCAGGAGUCAUAGAACUGGUGAUGUGUCAUCGAAUCAGACUCCUCAAGGCGUGCUGGGUCACCUGAAUCUUGUUGAGCGUGCCCAGACUGGCACGUUUGCUCAAAUGAAUGCGGACGACGAUUUGGCUGGCGAAGAGGCGGCGGAUCUCAUCCAAAACGAGGCAGAGAAAGGCUUUCGCGCUGACAGCAAUGGGACCCAGCUGUCUAGCAAGUCCUAUGGGCAGCAUGGUAACUUGGUACCCACAGGUACGCCUGAAACUGUUCUCGGCGAGGGGGCUCAGCUGUUCAAUACGAAGACAGCUAUACCAAAUAGCCCUUCCGUGCCUCGACGGGAUAAUGGCAUCGUACACAACUUUCCUGUAUUUGGCCAUGUCGGAUCUGACGGCGGUUUCGACAAACACAAUAGUGUCCCGCCAUCAAACUCACAGUCUUCCCAUCAGCUCCCCUCUGUCUCUCUGCCUCAUCAUGGCAUCGUGCAACCAGCCGGCAAAGCCGCUCCCGCUUCGUCCCUCUCGGGACAUGACAGCAGCCAGAUCAAGAGCACCGGAGAGACAACACAGGCCCAGACCAAGGAUGCAUCGAUCGCCAUGACAGAUUCCACGGGAUCCCCGUCCGUUAAGGCGUCGUCGUAUCAUGAAGCUCGAGGCACAGCGAAGAAAGUCAAGCAAGAUCCUCAAGUAGCCGUCACGCAAUCCGAAUCGCAAGAACCAGACGACUCUGGUCGAUUUUCCCAGAAUGGCAUCGAUACCGACGGAUUUCCAAAGUGCGCUCCCUGCUUCGCGUCUAGAGCCCGAUGUGACGGCGGUCGGCCCUGCAGCACCUGCGGGAGCAGGAAUAGAAGGUGCAAGGAUGUCACAAAGGCGGACCUGGAUAAAUAUCCAGACCGGGCGGAGAGAUUGAUUGCAGAUCGGGCCAAGGCGAGCGCGAAGGCUGCUCAGGGUGAGGGACAGGUCAUGAUACGAAGCCCUGCCUCGACUCCGAAUGCGGCGACGCCCGCGCCUGCACUCUCGAUUGCGAAGACCACCGGGGUCAGGCACAAAUACUCGGCCACUGCUAGAGACACUUCGUUUGGAAAAGAUGACUCUGAUCUUGAUCAGUACCCAUCCGAGAAGGAGGAUCCGGAAGAUGGCGAUUAUGACCACACACCGAAGAAGAAACGGCCGAAGAAAGGCAGCACCCCGGCUAUCAAAAAGAAAGCCACCGCCAAGGGAGCACCUGCGGCUUCUACUCCCACCAAGAAGGGUUCGCGGGGACCGUACAAGAAGAAGGCUAGAGACUCUGCUCUCAAGGACAAUGAUGACACCAAGAACACAUUGCCUCCACAGCCCGACGGAAGUGCCUCUUCUGACAGUGCUGUUGCCGUCACGAAGGCGCGAAAGAAUCCAGAAAAGGCUCCCGCAGCUGAGAAGGAUAAGCCUUGCGACCUGUCCCUGAAUACCGACGAGGUUGAUCCCUCCGAGACUGGAGCAAGACUACCAGUACACAACGCUGCUAAGGCAGUGAGACAGGCAUCAGCCGGGAUGACGAACGUUCGGCCCGUCCCUGUCGGACAGCGCAGCGAGAUGCACGGUGUCCUCAAUCCGUCGUUGGCUUAUCCCAGCCUUUCCGAUGCUGAGAACUCACCCUACCUCGAUGCCUCUUUCGCCCCAGUUGCCCCGCAAAUACACCCGCGAAUGACACCAGUUCACAGGCCCAUCACAGGGUUUCCCGGCGUGUAUCCAUCUCAGGGAGCCUUUGCGAUGCCAGGUAUUCCAAGUCAUGUCAUGCUUCCGCGUCAUCAGACAAUCGCGACAGAGAACAACCAUCUCAAUGGUGCCAUGUUUCCUGCCUCAAACUUCUAUGGCCGAACUGCGCUGCACGAUACGCUGCCGGUCACCGGCGAGGGAAUGUCCGCGAUGCCGCAGAGCCGGCCCGGCUUGAGUGGCUCCCCUGGGCCCACAGAUGUCUCGCCGACAUCACAAUCAAGCGGCUCAGGCACGACGGCAUCCAUGGACUUUCUUGCCAUGCCUUUCAGCCCGAUGCAAGGGUCUCCUGCCUACAGCCAUUACGGCCAUGGGGGCAUGCCAGGCAGGAACCCACAAGGCAGUCCCGGCUCAUCCACAGGCUUUCCGGCGGGCAUGGUCUCGCUGGGUUCGCCAACCGUGCCUCAGCGACACCUGUCGGGUUCGUCACACAGCAACGGAGCCCCGGGUCCAGUCACGGGUGUGACCUCCCCCUUGACGUCGGCGGCUCCAGGCUUCGCUGUGUCUUCCGGACUCAUGCCACCUUACGCUGCGUUCCCAGACUCGCGACGCAUACCUCGUCCAGUCUCGAGGCUGCAGUAUGGCUAUCAGGGCCGUCAACAAUCGGGGCCCCCUUUUAGCACAUCUGGCAUGUUUCGUGACCAUCAAGGCGAGGGGGUGCGAUCCGGAUCACGAGGAUUCAGCGACUCCCCUUCGCAGCAGCAGCAAGGAGCUUCGCCUCGGCCACCAAAGCGAAUGGCAGAUGCUUCAUCGGACCUGGGCCAGCAGCCCUCCAGAAAGAAACCAGGGACUUCCAACAGCCCUCAGGCUCCGCCGAGAGACGCAAAGAGCUGGCAGGAGCUAGCGCGAACGCAAUGGGCAAAUGAUUCUCAGUCAAAGAAGAAAGAUGCCCCCCAUCCCUCGGCCAAGCCGUUUUUUGGCGGUGAUGGUUCAUUUGAGGUCUCGUUCAGGCCGUUCAGCCAGCCCAGCCAGCCCGCCAACGUCCAAGAGCAGAUUGACCCAGUGCUCAAGGAGAUGGAAAAGGCGCAAAACAUAAGCCCCCGAUCUCCUGGACCCAGCAAGAACCGUUAG